UCUUCGCCCACCACCUGUUUGUUCUGUUCCCAUACGGAUAGCCGCUUCUUCCUCAGGUUCACCCAAUCCCAUCAACGGCUCGCUCCCGCUCAGAACGAGAUCGAAGGCUUGCAGAGCCAAACAGAGCAUCCACUCGCCUCCAUCUGUCGCAAAUCCAACACAGUGUUCGUGUUGGUGAGGGGUGGGGGCGAGGGGGUUUCAGCCAAAGGCCUCUUCUUCUUCUCCUCUUAUCUCCCAACCCAUCCUCCCUCUCUUCUCCCUGUGGAAGGCGAGAAGCGCACAAGGAGAGAGCGAGCGUUGGUUGCCCCGGGCGCUCCCUCGGCCUCCGAAGACACUGCCUUGGCCGACCCGGACGUCAUGGAGAAGGACGAGCAGAAGGAGAAGCAACCCGGGGAGGAGCAGAGCGGCGACGCGGAGGAGAAGAUGAACAGGAAGCUCAGCUGCACCACCGUCGACGAGGACGGCGGCGACGAGGACGAGGAGGAGAAGGGACCCGUGGAGCUCGGCCCGCAGAUCGGGCUCAAGGAGCAGCUUGAGAUGGACAAGGACGACGAGAGCUUGAGGAAGUGGAAGGAGCAGCUCCUCGGAAGCAUUGAUCUCAACGAAGUCGGAGAGACCCUCGAGCCAGAUGUGAAUAUCCAAGACCUCACCAUCCUCGCCCCCGACCGCCCCGACGUCGUCCUCCCCAUCCCCUUCGUCCCUGACGCCAAGGGCUUCGCCUUCGCCCUCAAGGACGGCAGCCGCUACCGCCUCAAGUUCACCUUCACCGUCUCCAACAACAUCGUCUCUGGCCUCAGAUACACCAACACCGUGUGGAAGACGGGAAUGAAAGGUGCCACCUCGGUCUUUUCUCAUCUUCUUCGACGUGAGUGUGCCUCAGGUGUUGUGGAUCUUUGUCCAGUGGACAGCACCAAGGUGAUGCUGGGAACGUUCAGCCCCCAGAAGGAGCCCUACACGUACGAACUGGAAGAAGAGGCGACCCCUGCGGGUUACUUCGCGAGGGGAUCGUAUUCUGCCAAGACGAAGUUCGUGGAUGAUGAUGGGAAGUGCUACCUGGACAUGACUUACUACUUCGAGAUUAGAAAGGACUGGCCGACGCCGGCUUGAUGGAUCGAUCGCAAAGGGUUAUGAUCACUUGUGCUGUAUCAUCUGUUAUCGUCGAUCCGGAAUCGAAUUCACAGCUGACUUGUAGGUUUGCUUUGAGUUUGAGCUGCAGUUGUUCCAGGGGGAGAUGUUAAACAGACAUCUAUUUUGUGAUGUUGA